UUGUGGUUCGUUCUUGGCACAGCAGCGAAUCUGCCCUUGUUGCCUUCUCCAUUUCCGCGUUAUUUCCAUGUUUAAAGCGCUCCUAUGGAUUGGUGGAGCUCUUCUUAGAGCUUAUAGACAACUUUUUACUUGCAUAGCAUGCUUUUAUCAUUUUAAUGGUGCUCCCGGGGAGGAUAUAUAACCACAAGCGUCGAUAACUUGACUAGAUUAUGUUGUAUGUUGUUGGAAACUGUGAAAUUAGCGGAUUCAGAAAUUGUUAAACUGGUGCGGCUAACGUUAGUUAGCAAGCUAUCACUUGGGCCUGCGGUGUUUGUGCUGAAUAAAACCAUGGCAGAUGCCAACGACGGAGAGAGGGUAGACGAAAACGAGUCGAGGGGGGCUGCAGGUGGUGAAGAUGUCAUGGAUGAUGUGAUCAUUGAACAGGGUGCCAUUCUACUAAGAGGGUAUGUUAUUGAACGAGUUACUGUAGAGGAUCCAUCUAUGCAUGUGAGCCAUGAGGAUCUAGGAGGACGACCUCAAGAAGCAGAUGAUCCUCAAAUCAAAGAGGUUGUAGAUCAACUUUUGAAGAUAGCCGAUGACCUCAACAAGAAUGCUGAACUUCAACAUCUCAUCAGCACUGUGCAAGCAAACUGCGCUCAGGACGUCUUCAUGACUGUAGCCAGGAGCAUCUUUGAGGAUGGCAUUAACUGGGGACGUGUGGUGGCACUGUUUCACCUCGCGUAUAGGCUCAUUUACCAGGCUCUGACUCAGAACCACUUUGACAUUAUCAAGAGGAUCAUUAGCUGGGUUUUACAGUUUAUCAAGGAAAACAUUUCUGCCUGGAUCAGACAGCAAGGAGGAUGGGAGGGCAUUUUCCACAACGUGUCAAGAUGGCGUACUGUGUCUUUCCUCACUGCGAUGGCAUUCAUUGUAGCUGUUGCUUACUGGAGAAGAACGCGCUAAGAUAAAAGUGAAAGACAUGCCAGAUUCAUAAUCCUCACAAAUGUGAUAUCAAAACUCAUAUUAAAAGCAAUACAGUGUGUAAGUGGUGCAAUCAAGUGGACCAAUCACGGGUCAUACAGACAAUCAUGCUUCAUGCCUUACUAUGUUUAAAGACAGCCACUUCAAAAGACACUGUAGCCUUUUAUUUUGAAUUUCUAUUUUUUUUAAACAAUCCCUGUCGGCUGUUGUUGUGUCUAUCGUUUUUAUUGCAGUUGAGUCAAGGAACAUCUUUCGCCUUGAUUUAUUUAUUUAAGGGAUGUGUUGCUAUACUCGGAAGAUUUGUAAGACACUGCACUUUUUCUCCACCAGUGCCUUUUACUCUGUAAAUUUGUUCUGGCUCAGGUAUCAAUUUUUUUAUGUAACAUACCACAUAACAUACCAGCCCUACCUCGAAUCAGCUAAAUAUCUGAGACUAACUGUUUACCAAACGUUUUUUUAAAUUACUACAUUAGGAAUACAGGGACACAGGGCUGAAAAAGAGGUAAAAUGAAAAACAUUCAACCUUUUUUUUUUAAAGAAAGUUCAACCUCAACAAAGGUUUAAAAUGCAGUUUUAGUGGUGUAAAUGAUUGAAAGGUUCAGCAUGUUAUUGGUGAAAUACAGUGAAUGUGGACAAUAAUUCUUGCACACCUUGAAAUAAAUAUGACAAUGAUUUACUGAGAGACGUCUGUGUAUAUUCUUUCAUAUAUAUUGAUGUGUAUGUUCCUGGCUAAAAUAUGCACUUUCUGUUGUUUCUCUUUACCCAAACCAUUUGUUUUUGGACAUAUACCAUGGUAAUUCUGUGG